AUGCCUACGGACAAUCACAACGAAAUGCUUUUAUCUCUUCGGGAAUUCGUAGAGAAGUACCCAGUUCAAGAGCUCCAAGACAGCGAACUACGACAGGCUCUGCAAAGUUAUAAGCAAAGACCCGAAACAAGCAAUCCGUUUGGAGGCAAUGUCCUCCCCGAAGACGCCAUAUUCAUCAUACUCGACUAUCUCCCCAUCCAAGAUGCCAUCUCAUUCACACAAACCUGUCGAGCGGCAAGACGCUUCCACCAGGCGCACUUUACGCAUCGCGUCAACAAGCUCCUCGUGCCAUACGUCGAUCCCGAAAAAAUGCACACUUUUAUGCGAGAUACAGGAUCAAUCAUCUCUGGCUCAUCCGCACUGUGGCUCCUCGCGAGCUUUCCGACGAACUGGCGUCCCAACGACCUGGACGUAUACUGCCCGCUCAAUGCCACCCCUAAAGCCAUCGAAUUCUUCGUAUCAGAAGGAUAUCAGGUCGUCUCUGAAUACGAGCCAAGUAAUUACACGCAACGUCAGCUCCACUCGCUGGCCCGCAUCACUAAACUUGCGCGCGGUGAGGAGCAGAGGAUCGACCUUCUCGAAAGCAAAACACACAAUUCAUUUCAUCCUAUUACUGUCUUCCAUACUACAGUGGUCAUGAACUUCAUUUCCGCUGAUUUUAUCGUCUCCCUCUAUCCGAAAGCCACUCUAAGCCAUGUUGGCGCAUCGAGUUACGCUCACCCAGCAAAACCAAGGCAAUACCAAGAGCGUGGGUAUAGCAUUGACGGUCAUGAAGUCUGGUCAUGGCUCUUCUGCCCUGCCCUGCGGCGACAAACGAGCGAUUCGUAUUGCUUAGCCUUGCCAUACAGACAAAAUAGGCACCUUGGCGAUGUGGAGAGCGGGGAAUGGGAGUUCGUGCAUAAGAAUGGUACGCAUGCGCUAUGUCCUCCGCACUCUGCAGGGGAUAAGAGCUGUGACCAACUUCUCAUUCGACGCAUUUCUCGGAACGUGGUAUUUCUGCUUCGUCAAAGGCCUGAACGGCUUUCUCGCAUGCCUGGAUUUUUCAUGCCACCACUAGAGCGUUACUUGCAGAAGAACAUGGACUCGAUCGUAGACUACUUCCGAUCUGGAUUGAGGGCAGACCCUUCACGCUACGCCUGUCAUGAAACUAGAUUCAAUUAG